AUCAAGCCUUGUUCAGAGCUCUCGUUUCCUGUGAAGAUCUACUUCUGUGUGACUAUUUUGUCCCUGCUGAGUGUGCUGGGGCUCACCAUCGAGACCCUCGUGCGCCAGAGCGAGGAGGAUUUCACCGUGUCUCUCAUCCAGCUGGUCGGAGUCGUGUUCUGUGUGUACUACGUGACGAGGGGGAUCCUGCAGGAGAACCGCCAGGAGCUGGUGGUCUUUGUGCUCUCCAUCUUGCUCGUCAUGUUCCGCUCCGUUGUCAACUUCACCCUUCUCUCUGCUGAGCAAAAGCCAAAACUCCUGGCCCGCUUCAUUCUGAUCCUCUUGGUUGGCUCCUUUGAUGUGAUCUGUGCCAUCAUCCUCAUCCAGAGUCAGAGCAUGAUGGCCUUCCGUGUGGGUGGGGCUCUGGAGAGCCUGCAGUCCCAGUACUUCAUGCUGAACCUCUGUUUUUCCAUGCUGACCUUUGAUCUCCAGGCACAGCUCUGCUUGUGUAUCCUGCUGAUCAGCCUGCAUGAGAUCACCCUUCUGCAUAACAUCAUCUCAGCAACAGGGGUUCUUUGGGCCUGCCUGAAGGUGACCAUUAGCAUCAUCGCAAUUCUAAAAGAACUGAAACCUCUAGUGUGGAUUUUUCUGAGUCAGAACAUACCUGAAGUAGCUUAUCUCAUCUACCUGCUCUACACGGUGAUAAAGGAGUGGGGCAAAGGGAGUUCUUAUACUCUAGAAGCUGCUUUCAUUACUGGCUCUUGCAUUUCUGUUGCAAUAAAAUCUGUUUUGUUUUGGGCACUGAUUCACGUCUACCGCAGCUUUGGGCAAGGGCUCAGAGAAAGAAUGUUUUCUUCCUAUGGAAGGAUUGACUCCUGA